AUGUGGAGUUUGGUUUUUAUCUUGCAAAUAAAUACGGCGUUUUGUAUAAAGGAACAGGAGGCGGGAAAAAAUGCACACUCUCGGACAAGUGUUGUAUUACCCGAUGUAGAUAGUAAUGGCGACACCAACAGACCUUUAGACCUUCUAUCAAGUCCAAAUGAAGCGAAAGACUACUUUCUCCCCCCGGUUUUCCCUCACAACGAUGACGUAGACGAGGAUGACGACGAAGAAGAAGAUCACUCUUAUUUAGAUUACGAUUAUGAUCACAAGGAAAUCAAUUACAAAGAUUCACCUGACAUAGCAACAGUUAAAAGCGACUCUCAGGAAGUACUACCGAUAGAUGAUAAAAUACCGUUACAUACCGCUAAAGAUAAUUUGCCAGUUUUUCUUUUGGAACCAGAAAAUACCUACGUCGUUAAAAAUAAACCGGCAACGCUUAAAUGUCGCGCCGCUAAUGCCUUAGAAGUAUAUUUCAAAUGCAAUGGCAUUAAAACCGAAGCUCUUAAUUUUGAAUUCGUGGAUCCCCAAACCGGCGUCAGGAUUAUAGAAGGCGAGUAUAAAGUAACGAGAGAACAGGUCGAGGAAUACUUUGGUACGGAGAAGUACCAAUGUUCCUGCUUCGCCUGGACGAGUCGUGGCCAGAUAAGGAGUCAGCCAGCGACUAUAGAACUCGCUUAUAUAAAGAAGCACUUCUCAGCGUCUCCCCAAUCCCAGUUGGUGAAGCAGUAUUCUCCUGUAACAUUUCGUUGCGAGGCUCCUCCAGCGGCUCCCUUCGCCCAGGUCUACUGGCUGAAGAACGGAGCUCCUAUAGCCGUCGAUGACAACGUGCAUAUCAAUAAGGAAGGAGAUCUUGUUAUCAAGCAGGCCUCUCUUCUGGAUAUGGCGAACUACACGUGCGUCGCUGAGAACCUAGCCGGCAAACGGCUAUCCGAGCCGGCUCUCCUCACUGUGUUCGUGAACGGCGGCUGGUCCUCAUGGUCCACGUGGUCCGAGUGUUCGUGUGCUGGCGGUGGCAGGCGUCGAGAGAGGACCUGCACCCACCCUCGCCCUCUCAACGGUGGACAACCUUGUUCUGGACCCGCGGUGCAAAAAACACCUGACUGCACUCAUUGUGAAUUAGAUGUCUACGUCGAUACUUUAGAUGAGUUGGCUGAUGAAUCAGCUGAUGUCGUGUUAGGUCACUGGUCACAGUGGUCAGAGUGGUCAUCCUGUGACACGGACUGUCUUCGUUCUCGACGUCGUCGUUGUGUUUCUGGACCCUGUCGUGGCCGCGACGCACAACUGGCCCCCUGCCCGUUAUGCGUACGGACUGCUAAUGCGCAUGCGCAUGGAGCAUCAUACUGGCCGCUCCUGAUUGCCCUGUCAAUAGCGUUUCUUAUAUUCGUUGUGGUUGUUGUACUCGGAAUAAAGUAUAUGAAGAUGAAAAUUGCUGAGAACUCUCCCUACGUGAAGCCUCCUCCGGGUACGAAUUACUUCGGUAACGUUAUAAAGAGGACUCUUACAAAUCAACCGGACUUGACGAUACACGAAGAGUUUCACACGAUGGAUUCAAGACGACCAAACAGACAGAAUACCAUCAGCAAUAGAAACGAACACUUGUAUGAGGUCCCGCAAUUGGCUAACAGCUACAUCGCGCCAAUAGAUCACGAGGUAAGAAACCUUGGAGUGGAGACAUUCGCUUGCAAGGACAAAGAGUCAGACCGCUCUGACUCAAGCUGUUUCUUAAGCUCGGGCUCGUCAUAUGGAAAUGAAAGUGUAGAAAUGUCACCAUCGCUCAAAAAUAACGCGUCUGUUAAUUCGAAAUUUUUAAAUUGUCAAUAUUUAGAGACUGCUACGUCCAAAAUUGUAAACGGUGACGGGGAUUGGCUAAAUUUGGAUAAAUGUGGGGUCAGAUUAUAUAUUCCGGACGGUGUGGUUGAGAAAGGCGAAGAGUUAUUCUCUAUUGAGGUCACAGACGAAGAGUGGAACAAGCCGCUUCUACAAGAAGGUGAAACACAACUAAGUCCAAUAAUUCGAUGCGGGCCGAAGAAUGUACAUUUCUGCAAGGCAAUGAUACUCACAUUCCCUCAUUGCGUAGCCUUGAAGAACUCUAGCUGGAUACUGUCAAUACUUCAGAAGCCCGAAGAAAUCAACUCGAGAGAAUGGAGGAAGGUCCUGACAUUAGGGCAGGAAACCCCGGGAAGCCCCAUAUUCGCUCAAGUCGACCCUUUAAAAGUGUACAUCGUGUGUGAAUUUCUUAGUGACUUCGUUCUAAUCGGUAGAAGCUUUAAUGCUCUGGAUGCCAAAUUGUUGAAAGUAGCUCUUUUUCUUGGUAAACGUUCUGACGGCUACUACAACCUGCACGUACACGCGUUUCAUGACACUCCUUAUGCCUUGUACGAAUGUUUCGAAAGUGAGAGACGUACGGGCGGGCUUCUUCUCUGUGAUCCGAAAACUAUUUAUUUCCAAGAGAAUUGCUCUGAUCUGUGUGUCAAUGUUCGGGAUGUGGGAGUGGGAUGGAAGAUUCAAUCAGGAAAUAAAUAUCAGGAGCUUCCCUUUUCCCAACUAUGGAAUAUGAAUGUCCGAUCUCUGCAUUGCCUUUUUGUCUUACAGCAGGUUGAUGCUAUAAAUUGUUUAGAUUUAAACGUCACGGUAUACCAAAAACAGAGGCAGUCGAAUUCGGUAAAUUUCAAUUUGAAAACAAACGAUUUUAAUUCGAAUCUGAAUUGUAAUAAACGAUUCAGCUACUCGGGCGUAGAAAUUGGUUACAGCGUUAAUAUCCUCGAGAAUCCGUUCAAUUAUUCAUCGUUAUCGAAAAAAGAGGCCAGAUAUGAUUUCGUUUACAGAAACAGUUUGCGUAGGAACAGUUACAGUUUGGAUAAUAAUUGCUACAGAACAAACGUUCUGACCAAGUCUGAUAGGGUGAUACUCUGCAAGUUGUUAGAUUGUCAAACGACUAAAGGUAACGACUGGAGGUUGCUCGCGGAAAAACUAAAGUUAACGUCCUUCUAUUAUUAUUUCUCUAACACUUGUUCUCCGACUGAGAAUAUAUUGAAUCUUUGGUUAUGUAGAAACAACGAUGUCAAUAUGUUAGUUAAUUUAUCUCGGAUAUUUAGAGAGAUGUCAAGGAUAGAUUGCGCGACUGUUAUUGAAAGGCGCUGUUUUCCUAAUUAG